CGAGGCGCUCGCUUCGUCAUGCGUAUAAGCGAGAACAAGAUAGCAGCAUACCAGCUUCGAUCAAUUCAGUUAUUAACCGUCGGUUGUUUCGGAUUGUCAAUAGAGUGAAGAUGUUCAGACAGUUUGCUGAAAUGUUAGGGCAGCUGAGACAGCAGGUGGAAUUCGGAUCGAGGGUGGGACGAUCUAUUACAAGGACAUUUUCCACAAACAACAGACUUCUCGGUCCAGAGAGAUACGUGGAAACUACGCAAAGCGAUGACGGCGUACGAACGAUUACACUCUGUCACUCACAAUCUAGAAAUUCACUUUCGCUGCAUACCAUGAAAAUUCUCAUCGACGAUGUGACCAAAGAACAGGACAGUCUGUCUCUUAGAUCUAUCGUCAUACGCGCUACUCCCGGCAAAGUUUUCUCAGCCGGUCAUAAUCUCAAGGAAUUGACAUCAAACGAUGGUGUGCAACACCACAAGGAGGUCUUUGCUACAGCCGGGAAUCUUAUGAAAGCACUGAUGCAAAGUCCGGUACCCGUGAUAGCAGCAGUAGAUGGAUUAGCCGCCGCAGCCGGCUGUCAAUUGGUCGCUGCAUGUGACAUGGCAGUAUGCACGGAAAAUAGCAGCUUCUCUACACCUGGGGCGAACUUUGGAAUAUUUUGCUCCACCCCCGGAGUAUUCUUGGCCCGAAAUGUUCCGAGGAAAGUUGCGGCACACAUGCUUUUCACCGGGAUACCAAUUUCCGCUCAGGAAGCACUCAGAGCUGGCCUAGUUAGCAAAGUAGUAACCGAUGCCAGUAAACUCGAUGAAGAAAUCACAACGAUUACCAGCGCUAUCAACGCGAAAAGUCGCUCGGUAGUACGUCUAGGGAAAAGAUUUCUUUACGAGCAACUGGAGGUCGACACUUUGACGGCUAGUUCUAUGGCGAGUGAAAUGAUGGUUGGGAAUCUGAGGCUAAAGGACGGACAAGAGGGUGUCCAAGGUUUCCGGGAAAAACGGAAACCAGUUUGGACACAUGACUACGAAACGAAUCACUGAAA